AUGCGCAGGGCAACGCGCUUCGGUCAGCCUCUGCUGACCGCUGCAUCAGCACCGCAAUGUACAUGCGCCCCCGCUACACUCCCCAUCGCUGCCCGCCGAGCGCUCUCGACGACGUCUACGCUCCAGGAGGGCGUCCGCGACCGCGUUCGCAAGGCCCUGUGGAAGGGCGGCGACGCUCCUGGCCCCGAGGAUCCCUACGCCGUUGAGGAAUCCCAGCUGUCGAAACAGGAGCAGAUCGAGGCCGACAUCGCCGAGGCCAAUGCUCAGUUGGCCGAGUUCGAGGCCCAGUCCAAGGCCCAGCCCAAGAACAGAGUCAUCCGGACUCUCCGGCCGCGCAAGUUCCUGAAGCGUCGCCCAAACAGCAAGCUCCGGACGAGUUUCAAACUAACGACGGCACCGACUGAGAGGGACCUUGAGGACAUGAAGGAAUACGAACCCGCUAUGGAGGGCGGCGGCCUGGAGACGGUUGGAGGCAUGGAAGGGUGGUGGGAGAGGUACGGCCGCUGGGGCAAGGAGAGCCAGUUGCCUCCCUUGGCGCGGAAAAAGGUCAUCAAGAACAAGGACAUCUGCGAGGUGUUUGCCAGGGUGGCCAUCACCGAGGCGCUCAUCGUGGCGCGCGUGGACCCGGCGUCGGCGGCGGGCAAGUGGAACCCGUUGACGGCCAAGGACAUGAGGCGGGCGUUUGCGUUUGGCAUCAAAGUAUCCGAGGACGGCACUGGAGUUAUCCUCGGAGGAGAGAGAAACCAACAGUCUGUGCCGAUGAAGCUGCAUAAACCGCAAGAAGGAGUCGAGCCAAAGGUGAACGUUUCUCCCGAGGAGGCCAAGAAGCUGGUAAAGUCCUGGGACAGUGAAUGGAAGAAGGUCUCUCUUCGGGACGCCGUCGUCAAUUUUGCAUUCAACAAGCGCUUCAACCAACUGACGGGCCACUCCACCCACGACGGCAAGCUGGUGCAGCUGAAGACCGUCGGCAACUUCCUCGAGGAUAUCGCCAAGCCUCCCAAGCCCGUCAACGUCAAGGUCGCCGAGGCGGUCCAGCAAGAGGGCAGCCUGCCGGCGCUGGCCAACGUCGCGCUGCACGAGCGCCGCGUCACGCCGAUCGACAAGGAGACGGCGGUUGGUCGGUGGAAGGUCAUCACGAAGGAGCUCGAGAAGAGAUCGCUGCCAGUCACCGGCCACGAGCAUCUCCCCAAGCCGGUCCAGAGGAAAUGGAUCCUGGGCCAGGCGUAG